AUGGAUAUAGAUUUCCUCAAGGUGCACUUUUUGGCUGCACGGUUUGAACGGUCUGAGGCCUUCUCUCAGUCUGAACUAACCGAUAUUGCCUCGAAAGCCCUCCAUAUCAUGGACACUUACCAAGCGCUCCAUCCAGCAUACCCACUUUUGCAGGCCCAAUUGAAAGCUGCUUGCCACCCUGAUGCAGAACGGUUUCUGAGUGAAUGGGUUAGGAAAGUUGAGCUGAAUGCGCCCAAAACAUCGUAUUUGGUCGAGAUGGACGACGGGCUCAAUAGUGAUAAGCAUAAGAUCGUGGAUGAGUUCAAGCAGGUAUUUGCCGUGCUGCUGAUUCAGUGUGAUUUCCGGAUGAUCCAGUUUUAUUUAGCCAAGCUCGAGAACAUUGCGUCUUUUCCACUGCUGGUGACGAACCACGAGGCGUUUGCUAAGAAUCGGUACUUUGAAUACUUGUUCUACCAGCUUUUGGCUAUGAUCUUUGGUACUCGGUGGUUUGUCGAGAGCAAGUCGCCUAGAAAAGAAACAGAGGAGUCUUUAGACGGACCUGCAGAGCCCCGUACCAUUCAGUCGAUCGACAAGAAGAACGGGAACUACUACACCAGACAUGCGUUUUUAUUCAAAUCGCUAGACGAGAAGCCUGAAGCAGUUGUGAAGUCACUACAGCCAGAGCUAGACUAUUACAAGCUCAAUAAAUGGCUCAUUACGUUAAUCAAGUUCACUCAAGGCAGUUUUGGUGCUUUCGUGGAAGAGUUUGAACGUCUUCAGGAGCACAUUCAGGUGCUUGACAGGUUGGGUCUUGUCUCUGAAGCCUUGUGCAUGUACGCAUUGGCAUCUAUUGCCACUAAACCAUUCAACCAGCUCAAUAUGAAUCUGAAUGAGGCGCUUGUUGAUGCUUUCACAUCAGAUAACGGCGGUCUAGAGAAUGAAGUAUAUGAAGUGUUGAGAAUCCUAACAAGUGGCGAAUUCCAUGCCGCAAAACAAGCCAUUCUAGAUCCCAGCUUACUUGACAAGCUCCACGCACAUAUAGGAUUUGCGUUGCCAGAGGAUAAGGAUACUUUUUUUGAGCGUCUCUGUCGGCUCAUAGAUCAAAAAGCGUUUUUGUUGAUUUUGUCCAUCACCAAAAGAAUACUGAGACAAAAGAUACUCGCUAUGUUAGGUUACUCCUCUGAGAAUAUUGCUACUUACAACGAUGUUUCAAACAAAUUGCUUCUUCUUAUAUCUGCAUUGAAUUUGGGAGAGUCUAAAAUUGUCUAUGAAGAUGCAACAGAUCUGUUCCUUCACAAGCCCUUGUCUGAUGCAGAGAGACAGGACAUGUUACAAAAUGGAGUAAGCCAGUUAGUUGGUGAUGUACGGGCUGAAGCGUCUGCCACCAUGUUAAAGUCUGUGCUUAUACGCAAGCACUAUGAUUGA